GCUUACGAGAAGACAGGCAUAAAAACAGCUCUCUCUAUAAAGCCUUAUCGCUGGGCCAGCUCUUAACCCAUCCCCAGAAAUAAAGGGCCAUCACUCUUAUUAAUCCUCUCUCUCUCUCUCUCUCUCUCUGCAGCAGCUGGAUUGCUGGUACAUUAACAGAUUACAUCCUGGAUCUUGGGCAGAUUUAGCACGAUUCCAUCUGUUUAAAGGCCACUGGGUUUUUGGUGAGGCUGCGGGAUACCCCUCCUGCUCUCUCCUGCAGAGGACUGAGAUUUGUUUUUUGGUCAAUUGGUUUUCUCUCCUGCAGGACACCUCCAUGACACAAAGGCACUCACAUGGACCCCGGUGACACACCUGCCCUCAAUGCCAAUUACUGCAGCCUGUGAUUGCUAUAUAAAAGAGCCGCCUUGCUCCGUCCUCACUCACUCGGCCACUCCUAAGUGGAACAUUCAAAUCGGAUUCAAAUUCUACCUGCGCCUUAUUUGGCUUGUGCUGGAAGUACAUGCAAAGCAGGAUCUAGGCUGCCAGAGCUGAGAAGCCGUACUAGGAGCCACUGCUUGUCCACAGUCUGCCUGACAGACAGCAGCACAGUCUCCGUGGAGUCUUCUAGCUUAUAUCCGCAAUCAUGGAUGAGAUGGAUGCGCCCCAGAUGAAGAAGGAGGUGGAGAGCCUGAAGUACCAGCUGGCCUUCAAGAGAGAGAUGUCUUCCAAAUCGAUACCUGAGUUACUAAAGUGGAUUGAAGAGGGAGUACCCAAUGACCCUUUCCUGAAUCCAGAACUUAUGAAGAAUAACCCGUGGGUAGAGAGAGGAAAGUGCAGUAUCCUGUGAUCCUCCAACACCAGGCUUUGUCCCUCGUUCCCCUUUCCCGAUUUAUCAUCUACUCUGAAUGUAACUAAAAUUCUAAUAUUAGAGUACAGCCAGGAAGCGGAUCAGGACUGUGUAACACUGCGCUCACAGGAAGGGUUCCAGGAUUCCCACCGUCACCUAUGGGAGAAACAGGUGGUCUCAUUUUAUUUUAACUAUUGUUUUAGGUUUAGAAGGUUAGCAGAAAGCAUGGACGUGUUGUAGAUGAAUGAGAACGCUGCAGUGAAAGGGUCACGUUGUAUGUAUCUAGCUGUAUGUCAUGGCAGGUUGUCACUAUUGUAUGACAGCAAUAAAACAGUCUUGGGCUUUUCUCAAAACACACACAGCCCGGUAGCAGAUAUUGGAGGCGUAACCGUCCUGUACCGACAGCUCCCCUUCCCCCAAAUACCUUCCAGAAUAUGCACUAUAGCAGACUAUGCUUUUCAGGUCAUGGUAAUAAUUUAUACAAUCAGGGGAGAUCAUGACCAACCCCCUAAAUUUUGUUCCUUUUUGUUUGUCCCAAUAAAUUCUACAAAGAGUAGAAACUUCAUAUCUAAUAAAACCGUGGUUCAUUUUUA